ACGAGACCAGUUAACAUCGCCAUUCAAGAUCGCGAGGGAGAUUUGUGUGUGCUCAAAAGUGAAAUUCACAUCGCUAAAAUGCUGAAACUUAUCUGUGCCGUGGCUAUCAUCGCGAUGACUCUGUUGGAAAGUGUCCAGGCUCAACGACCCUCCUUUGCAGGAGUGAGACCUCCAGGCGGACUCAAUCAGAAGGACAAGUAUCAUGCUACCCAGAAUACAGCGGUGGAGAAUAUUACCGGAGUGGACAUUGCCACCAGAUUCGGAGAGCCUUCUAGUUCACAGCAGCCUGCCCUGGUCAAUCUGCCCUUCGGAGCAGCUCAGAGGCCACCCAUGGGAGUACCUCUGGUAUUGCCCACCAGUGGCUUCGAAUCAAACCCUAGCCAGGCAGCUCCCUCAGCCACACCCGAUGUGGCCAACCGUUUUGGAGCACCAGAAUCCAGUUCGAUUGUGCCAUCAGCGAUACCGGCAACUAGUCCCACCUUUACUGCCAACAUUCCCGCUGCCAGUUCCCCAUCCGUUCCAGUCAGCACAACUGGGAGUCCCCAGAUUCCCAGCAGACUGCCCGUCGAUGCCCAUGGAGAUCAGGAAUGGGUGAAUCAUCUAAGUUCCCUGCCCGUGGAGAACCAGCCCUUCUGGUUCGUCAACUACCAGGCCAUCGAGGCUCAUCGGAAUAGCUCCAGACCCAAUGUGGGUGCCUUGGAGACGCGGGGAUCUUUCUUUCGCGGCUAAGAACUUGAAUGGGAAUUCUCGGAAAUCCCCACGCUGAGGCGAAUCUCUAGACCUAUGUAUGUCUCAACCCUAAUGUACAGCUCUAAUUUAUUUAAAUACUUUAUUUUUGGAAACGA